UCAUCUGCUUCCAGCAGUGCUGCGGCAAGACCUCGAGCAGAGGUUCCGGAGGUCGACCGCAAGAGGGAGCAGAAGCAGGACCCUGCAGCCAGCAGUGCGUCACCUCCUUCAGCACAGGCCGAGAGUGCUGCCUUAGCCGCAGUUCGGAAGGCUUUGCAGGCCGAGAAGGAGGAGCUCUACCCGAAUGCCCGCAACUUCUGCCAUGAGGCGCUUCGCGCUGUGCCCCAUUUCCCACAAGCCGUCCUGUGCUUGGCAAGAAUGGAGUUGCACAAGCACGAGUACACCACGGUGCAGACCCUGUUCUGCAAGGCACACCCCUCCGUUCUGGGAGUGCGAUGUCCCGGACGAGUACAGGCCCUGUCACUACGUGCGUCCGCGGCAGAACGGAGCGGCGACUGGGAGGCUGCGAAUGAGGACCUCGAGCUCCUCGCGCCCCUCACGCGGACGCCGGAAACGCUGAGCGAGGAGGAUGGAUGGGGGCCUCAGCCGGAAGCCACAGACGUCCUGGGGCGGCUAGCCCGCUCGAGGUUUUACACUGGCCAGCGCAGGCCAGCAACCGAGCUGGCAGACAAGGUCAUGGAGACCAACUCCACGCAGCUGGAGGCUUGCGAAGUUGCGACCAAGGUUCUGAUGGAGCGAGGGGACACCCACGUUGCCUUGGCGGUCAUGGUCCGUUGUCUGGUGGCACACCGGCACACGCCCAGCUUGACGUGCAGCCAGUUGGUGUGUGGCGUGAUGCGGCACUGCAAUGUCGAGGAGCUUUGCAACGUCAUGACGCCCAACCCGGCCACGGCGAACGAGACGCACCAACGAUCUGUCGCGGAAGUGGUUGGCUACGUGGGCCUCAUCAUGAAGGAGCGCGGGAUGAUCCUCGAGGCAAGUCGCCUCUACCGGAAAGCGUUAGUUCUGGCCCCUGACCAUGGAUCCCUUUGCUUGAACUUGAUGCACACCUUCGCCCUCCGGAGGGACGACAUCCGGGCCUUGGCCUGGGCGCGGAAGUUCUUCGGACUACUGGCCCGGUCUGUGCCGCGCGUGGCGGCGCUCAACCGGGCUCUGCUCAGCGAAGAGCCAGACACCAAGCAAAGAAUGUUCUCUCCGAAAGAUUUCCCUGCAGAGAAUGAGUUCCGAGACGCCAUCGCCAUCGGCUUCGUCGUUCUCAAGUUCCUGUUUCUGGCGCACCCGCGGACGCCGCUGCCCUUCUGUCAGGAGGGCGAUGGUAGGCCUUCCUGGCAGCAGCGCCUUCGCGACAUCGAGGUCUCUGAGGAGAUUGUCGGGCCGCAGGUAGCUAGCUUGCUGGAUGACAACUGGCGACGGCCCCCAGAAGCCGUCAAUGCUGCGGCACCCCGGCUGGGCGCCAUCGCAGCCCACGACCAGGUGCUGCGGUGGCUGGUGGCGCUGCUGAGUAAGUGCUGCGAGGGCCUCGAGCUUCAUCUCACAGCGGUCCGAAACGAGAAUGCCUACUUCAACUGCAUCAAGGACAUUCUCGCCAUCAAGGCACCGGCGUCGGUGCCCCGAAGUCCAGCUCUGUUUCGGCCCCUGUAUGUCAUCGGGGAUUCCCAUGUCUUGCCCACUGCCUGGCAGACGGUGGAAUUCACGACGACGAAGGGCAGCCACCAUUACAUUCUGAUACCUCUCCUGGUCACAGGGGUGAAGAUCUGGCAUCUGCGAGAGGACAGCACCUUCUACACGAAGUCUGCCUUUUGGGACAAGCUUGCCACCCUUCCGGCAGAAGCCCCGGUGAUGUUCCUCUUGGGCGAGAUUGACUGCAGGGAGGGGGUCCUCAAAGCCGUCCAGAAGGGCAAGCACGAUAGUGUGGAGGACGCGCUGUACCUCCUGAUCGGGCAUUACACCGAAGUCCUGAAGCAAGUACGGAGGAAGCUCGUACACAACGACCUGUUCAUCCACCCCGUGCCGACAGUGCUUCCGGAGACCCGCUUCCUGACGAUGGCCUUCAACAGCUUGCUCCAGGCAGCGCCCUGCCUGGCCGCCCUCGAUAAGGUGCGAGUCAAAUCUCUCACGCUCGACUGUAUCUACGAGGGUGGGCCUCAGGCAGUGGCAGGCCGACGAGGAACCGAGCUCAACUCCCUCAAGGUGCUCCCCGAGCUUCGCCUGGAUGGCACGCAUCUGAGCCCCGCCUACGUCCACUCGCACCUUGGCCCCGCGCUGCAGCGAGCCCUGCAGCCAUGA